AUGCGUGUAGAAGAUGUUAAGAAGCUUGUGAAUGACCAACUUCGAGACUUGAAAACCGACGAGAACUUCGAAGAUGCACUACGUAAGGAGAUGGACCAGGCGAACUUUACACCUUUCACCCCCAAGCAAUUCUCCACGCCUUCGUUUACACACUUCAAAGGGGACUCAUGUCCCGAGAGCCACAUAAAACACUUCAAAAGUGACAUGAUCCUCCACAAGGCUGACGAUGCGCUGAUGUGCAAGGUGUUUGCAAUGACCUUGCGAGGAGCAGCCCAAGACUGGUUCCAUACUUUACCAUCUGGGUCGAUCAACAGCUUCAAGGAGCUGGCAUACGUCUUCGUCAAAGAAUACACGUCUUACCGGACAAUCAAGAAAAACCCUGACCACCUGUUCAACCUACGCAAGAAGUCCAACGAAUCCCUUCGAGACUACAUCAAGAGAUUCAAAGCAGAAAAGGCCAACAUCGUAGGAUGUGACGACCGGAUCGCGUCCUUUGCUUUCAAGAAAGGCCUUCCAGCUGAACACGACUUAUACUGCGAGCUGAUUAUCGCUCCCAACCAGACUCUGGCAGAGGUCUUCGCAACCGCGGAACGCUAUGCGCUCUGGGAUGAUGAUCGAAUUGCUACAAAAAAGUCUACUAAGCAGGAAGAUCAACCAACCAAGCGGGCAGGCCAAAAGAGUAACGGGUUUGGCAACAGGAACAAGGACAAGCGCAGGUCGCACCCAAAAGAGGACGCUACGGCAGGAGAGAAUUACACCAAGUUCUCCAUCCCCAUACACCAAAUCUUAUCCCAAGUGAAGGACAAACCUUGGGUAAGAAGGCCGCCGCCCUUGAAGGGAGAUCCAGACAAGAGGGAUAUCAGAAAAUACUGUGCCUUCCAUGAGACACACGGACACACAACAAACAACUGCUUUGCUUGGAAAACACACCUUGAAGAACUCGUGAGAGAAGGUCACUGCACGGAGUUCAUUGCGAAGCAAGCCAUCCAGCGGAUAGAGGAUUGCGACACCACCAAGGAGCCACCUUAG